AGGUUUUAUUGAAUAUAUUAAUAAGACUAGCUACCACUUUCCCCCUCUCUGUUGGUGCCUUCCUCCCUAUAUCUUUCUCUCUCUUUCCCUCUUGAUAUUUCUGCAGUUAUUUCUUCUUUAAAAAAUGUUUUUUCCAACCUCUACUACUAGGUUACUUUAUAUUUGUUUUGGAAUUAACAUAAUUCUUAAUUUAAGUACUUUCAGGUUUCAGCCACUUAUCUCUGCUGCACUGCCGCUUUACAUUGGCUUGUGUCACUUUCACCUUUGCAUUCUCUUAGUUUUCCAUUCUUUCCUGAUAUUUCUCUUUUUCAACUUUUGGAAUUUUCUUUCUCUCUUCUACCCCUCCUCAUAUUCAUCUACACUCCCCCCUCUCUAACUUAUGCACUUUGUGCAGAGUUGGGGUCCAAAGUUCAGUAACUUGCAAAGCACAGGGAUAAAUAUGAACCUUGGAGGAUCUACUCUGCUCUGAUGUAAACAGUGAGUGACAAGGGUCCCUUAUCUAUGUCUCAGAGAAGCCUGUCCAGGGGGUGACCACUUGCUGGUUGUGGCAUCACAGUGUGUUUUGGGGGGGAGGAGGAAACAGAAGGUGGGUAGAGCAUGGACUCCCGCCCGCUGAUCCGUGUUACAGCCGCAGGAUGGUGAGGCAAUAGAAGGCAACAGAGAGGAUGGCGUCUCAGCUCAGUUACCUGCAGCGAGAGCUUUUACAGGCUCUGUUAGAGUCUGGGGUGACAAAGGAGGCUCUGAAAAAAGCAUUGGCUGAUGGCGAUGAUUACACAUAUCCCAAUGUCCCUUUGGAUGAUAUUAGAAACCUGGACGAGGGAGAGAACUGUGUGCAACUACCUAAUGGGUUAGGGGAGUCUCAUAUAUCAGAAGAUGAAAGUUCUGAUGAUGGAGAAGACUUUACACCACCCAUUAUGAAAGAGUUAGAGAGGCUGAGCCCUGAAGAGGCUGCUCAUCAGAAGGCCGUGGUGGAGCGUCUGCUGCAGGAAGACUCAUGGCACGUAGCCAAACUUGUAAAGUCAUAUCUGCAGCAGCACAACAUCCCACAGCGAGAAGUGGUCGAAACCACAGGUCUUAAUCAGUCCCAUCUUUCACAGCACCUCAACAAGGGCACACCCAUGAAGACUCAAAAGAGAGCAGCCCUGUAUACCUGGUACGUGGGCAAGCAGCGAGAGAUUGCCAGGCAGUUCACACAUGCAGGACAAGGUUUGAUAACAGAUGACAUGUCCUGUGAUGAGGUACCAACUAAAAAGAUGAGAAGAAAUCGCUUCAAGUGGGGUCCUGCCUCACAGCAAAUCCUUUUCCAGGCUUAUGAACGACAGAAGAAUCCCAGCAAGGAAGAGCGAGAGGCACUAGUAGAAGAAUGCAACAGGGCAGAGUGUUUGCAGAGAGGAGUCUCACCAUCACAGGCUCAGGGUUUGGGCUCUAACCUGGUGACAGAAGUGCGCGUCUACAAUUGGUUUGCCAACAGGCGUAAGGAGGAGGCAUUUCGACACAAGUUAGCAAUGGAUACAUACAAUGGGCAGCAGAAUUCAGCACCAACUCUUUCAGCCCAUGAUCUUCCCCAUGGCAAAACUUAUGGAUUUAGAUACAUCCAAGACUCUUCCACUGACAGGAGUGCUGUUAUGGCAAACAGUCAGAGUACCCCAUCUCCUUCAGCCCUGGAGCCCAGCCACAGCCUGAUGAACAGUGACAGCAAAAUGAUCCCAGUUUCAGGUGGCUCCCUACCACCAGUCAGUACACUAACUGCUCUACACAAUGUGGAUCACAGUCAACACACACUUGGUCAGACACAGAACCUAAUUAUGGCUUCACUACCUAGUGUCAUGACAAUCGGCACUGAUACAGCACUUGGACCGGCGUUCAGCAAUCCAGGCUCCUCCACGCUGGUGAUUGGUCUUGCAUCACAAACACAGAGUGUACCAGUCAUUAACAGUGUUGGUAGCAGCCUGACCACGCUGCAGUCUGUUCAGUUUUCUCAGCAGCUGCACCCGUCACAUCAGCUGCACCCUUCUCAUCAGCAGCCAAUUGUACAGCAAGUGCAGAGUCACAUGGCACAAAAUCCCUUUAUGGCCACAAUGGCCCAGCUACAGUCUCCACAUGCUAUUUACAGCCAUAAGCCAGACGUUGCUCAAUAUGCAUCUGCAGGCUUCUUCCCCCAGACCAUGGUCAUUACAGAUACAAGCAAUCUGGGAACCCUGACAAGUCUAACACCUAGCAAACAGGUAGUGCCCCUCCACACUACUGCACAUGGAGAUGCCCCAGGAUCCCAACUUCAGAAUCAGGACUCCAGCAUAUUGCACCUUCCUCUUUGUCAUCGGCUGUCUCCCAUACCCACUGUAUCCUCCGCCAGCUUGGUACACUAUCACAAUUCAAGUUCUCCAGAGAACCACAGUCACCUGUUGUCGCCUUCACACAAUACUAUUGACAGUUUCAUAUCCACCCAAAUGGCAUCUUCCUCACAGUGA